CCACACUCUUCGAAUUCUUGCAUUCAUGUCGGGCUUUGGACACCUAGACAAGCGUACACUCGUUAGAGUAUUUGCAAUCUACCUCAACUCUAUUGGAGAUCUUCAGAAAAAUGGAAUCCUCCGCUACUAUGUGACGGUAUAUCUCAGCAGAAGCCUCCUUGGAAACGCAAUAUACAUCUUCUGCUAUUGCCCCUGGCCGAAUCUCCCCUAUAGAUUUAUGAAGACCUCCUCGACCAGCAGACUUCUGAGAAAAGGCAAAUAUUUCCAAUAUAGCCUGAGCGACGUAAAACUGUGGAGAACAAACAUUCCGUAUAUUGUCAAUGCUGGCCUCUAUUCCAAAGUCGACCGGGUUUACAUCUGGGCAAUGGGGUGCUCUAUUAGUUUGAGUUUUGGCAAAGGAGCCUGGCACUCAGUUUCUGAUCUACACAUUAUUGAAACUCCCCCUCCUCAACCAUCCUCAGCUUCCAUUCAGAGCGAAGCUUCAGAUAUGGACACUCUAACAAACGACACUUUCACAUAUAUCACACAGCAUCUCCAAAGUAUUUCCUCGCUUGCUUAUGAUUCAACUAGUGCCAAUCUUGUCCUGCCAUCAUUUGAGCCAUACAGCUUUUCACAUACCUCAUUUGCGCCUUAUCUUUCAGCUCUCUAUAUGAAUCUUCAAGGAAGAAGCCUUUCUUCUCUUCCAAAAGUUUUUGCACCCUCUCUUGUCAAGCUGACAAUUUUCAGUCUUGAGCUAGACUUUACAUGGGACAUCUUUCAAGGCGCCCUUCCAAGGAUGGUGAUCUUUGAAAACCUAACUCAGUUGAAGGUAUACUUCAAAAAAUCGACCAAACUGCCUGUUCAACCAGCAUAUAACGGCAAUACGGAAGUGGGGUUUCCCAAGCUUCGUGCCCUGCAUUUCGUGAAUCACCCUUAUACCAGCACUUGCCUUUCCUCCAUUUUUAAAGACUCGCCGGUCGAUGAGCUAGUCAUUUCUUUCUUUUUCGAAAAACUGGAUGCAUUCGAUGCUCCACUCCUCUUAAACAAACCCCGAAUCACGCUCUGGGUCUCCACCUACACUGGUACUGCUGAGGAAAACAGCUUCGUCAGAAAUCAAUCCACUACUCGCUAUGCUGAAGUGGUUAUCCCAACCAGCCUUCCAGUCCGGCUUCCAAUGUACCCUCGAUGGACAAAACUCGAGAAGCUCUUCCUUCGGUUCCCAGUGUAUCUUUCUGAACUCGUUCGUAUAUUGCCGCAGCUACCACUCCUUCGCUGGCUAGUUGUUGGAGCAAUUUAUCGCUCUGCACCAGAUUCACUUUCCAGUAUGCCUGGCUCUCAUAUCUGGAGCACUAGCAUCAGGGUGCUGUGUCUGUUUUCCAGUAUAACAGCAGUUCCAACUAUCCCAGAUUUCGGCUCUAUGUGCAUUCUUGUCUCCGGCCUGCCAUCGCUUCAGAGGCUACUUGUCCCAGAUGGGAUGCUCAGCGAUGUACGAGCGAGGUUAGCGAAACAAGGGCUGGCCCGAUAUAUGGAUAAAUCUGCAUCCAAACUACACAAGCUGGUGCGACAGUUGCGCACAGAUUUGGCUCAUUUAUUGCUAAUGAGAGACUCAAAGAUGGUCACCGAGAAUGGCUAUUAUCGAUAUCCUAAACGCACGAACUCGGAGUUAAAUAUCACGCAGAGGCUUAUGUGGAAACUCUAUACGCAGCCCUUUAAACGUCGCAGGGCGCUAAUCCCAACAAUUAGACGUUGUCAGCGGAGCCUGUUCAUAGACACUAAGGAAGGAGGGCAUGGGGUAGUGGAGUUUGACCCAUCCAAGGCCAUGUCGUUUUUGGAUGAGUUUCCUGUGCUAGAAUACUCUGUGGAUUUUGUACCAGUGUCUGCAACUCUCUUCUGGCUGGCUCGGCAUCAGCAGGUUUGGCAAUAAAUCCUUGAUUGCAAACCAGCUAAUAAUAUCACUGUGUACGCUACAAGAUUUGGUCAGCGGCAAUGUGGCAAACACCCUCUCCAUGACUUCCUAAUCCCUGGGUGUUGGUCGUUGGCAUGGGCUGGGGCUCCUUGGUCAUCAAGCAGGGCUGCAUCAUGCUUGGUGGUACUGACCCGAAGAACUCGGGCACAGGCACCAUAUGGAGCGACUUCUGUCCACUUCAAAUCCUGAGCGCUUCAAAAAAUGCAGCAUCAGCAGGGUCGCGGCCCAGGAAGGCGCGGAGCGAAUCGGCAGCAUCGCGGGUGGCACCAGGCUCAAGGAUCUCGCGACGGUAGUCCCUGCCAGUCUGUGGGUUGUCGAUUCCCUCCUUGGCAAAGCGCGCAGCAAACAUGUCGGCAGAGAACACCAUGCCCCACAUGUAUACAUAGAACUUGGCGUCAUAUCCACACAUC